UCACCUCGUUGCUCCCUUCACACGUACACCAUCUUCCAGUGUGAGUGGUUCUCCUAAAGUUGCUCCGCCGGGUUGGUGAAGCAUAACUACCACUGCGUCGUCGCCCACAUAAACCCCCGAGAGUUCUUCACGAUGUCUCUGCAGCGUCAAGUGAUGGUUAAGAUGAUGGGGAAGCGUGAUCACGACCAGGAGCAGGAGGCUUUAGAUUGGAUCUUCACGGUGCUGGGAGAACCCGUCCCCCAUGGAGACUUCGGAGACGUCCUUCGGGACGGUCAGGUGUUGUGUCGACUCAUGAACAAGCUGUCUCCUGGCUCCAUCCCCAAGAUCAACAACUCAACCAUUCAGUUCAAGAUGAUGGAGAACAUCAACAACUUCUCCGCUGCGAUGAGACAGUAUGGAGUGAGCAUCCAAGACCUCUUCCAGACGGCCGACCUCUUUGAGAAGAAGGACCUGGGAACCGUCUGUACCGCUCUCUUCUCCCUUGGACGAGCGACGUACCUGCACCCAGAGUGGCCUGGUCCCUGGCUGGGUCCUCGCCCCGCAGAGGAGAACAAGCGCGAGUUCUCGGACGAGGUGCUGGCGGCUUCAAAGACGGUCAUCGGACUGCAGGCGGGCUCCAACAAGGGCGCCACCGCAUCAGGCCAGAACGUGGGAGCCCAGCGCCGCGUCAUCAUCGGAAAGUAAGGCUCUUAGGGGAGGAAACUAGCAGCCGGCAGCCACAACACGGACUUCAGCUACCGGCACACAUCGCUCGGAUUGUCGCUACCGGCAAACACCGCCCGGACUGUUGCUACCAACUAGAGCACUGUCACGCCUCACCUCCUGUCUGCCUGACUCCUCCUCCAUAGCAUUCACCAGUAUCUACACAGUACCUGCAGUGCUUUUAUUGAUCUGUUCUGUUGAUAAAGUUUAUCCACAAGUGAAACUUAUUUAUUAUUGCGUGAAAUAGUUCAUGCUGUUGUCUUUAUUAGACACGCUGCAUUAUUCCAGUAGUCCCUUGGGACAAAAGACUAUUGACUAGAUCUGGAGAAGUUGUAGUGUAAGUGUGACAGUUCCCAGUAUGGUAACACUGGCCCGGAUGAUGCCAUUACCAAUUGUUCAUCAACGAACCUAAAAUAGAAAAUAAUAAAGCCUUUGGAUAAAAAUAUUUUUUAUGCAACCAAUUUUGAUGGGAGUUACUGACGUAUAUAGAUAAUUUUAGCCUAUAUUACAAAUAUUGCUGCCAAAUAAAAUCUACCGCACGUCACUCGUAAUCUGAGAAAACACGAUAAUAUAUAAUUCUGCAAAAACAAGGUGAUCAUGCUUUUGUUUUUCACUUUUUAAAAAGACAUUUGAGCUCAAACAACGUGAUCACAGGGACCCUUUAAAACAUUGAAACAAAAUCAACACGACCACAUGGACCCUCCAGAACAUUUAAACAAGAGCAACACGACCACAUGGACCCUCCAGAACAUUUAAACAAGAGCAACACGACCACAUGGACCCUCCAGAACAUUUAAACAAGAGCAACACGACCACAUGGACCCUCCAAAACAUUUGAUAAAAAGCAACAUAACCUCGCGGCCUGAACAAUGUAAGAUGUGCUGUAAUUGACAGCGAGUAUACUCAGGCCGCCACUUUGUGUAAACUACUGUAAACUGUUUCUUGUGUUAUUUGGCUAAUCAAUAAAUUAAUCAAAGGUC